AUGGAUUCUUUUAGUGGGCAAGAAGAUCCAAGAACUAAAAGUAUUGCUGAUUCUAAUCAAAGUGAAGUUGAGACUGGAGAUGCAUCUAAAUCAAAAUCAAAAGAGGUUGUGAAGCGAAAGCCAGUUAGACCAAGGUCUCCAGUCUGGGAUCACUUCACCAAGUUCAUAAAUACUAAGGGCAAAAUUAAAGGCAAGUGUAAUUAUUGUGGCAAAGAAUUUUGUUGUGAUCCAAAGAAAAAUGGGACAACUGCACUUAGGAAUCACAUGAACACAUGCAAAAAGCACCCACAUGCCAUUAAGAAUAAGCGAACAAAAUUAGCUUUGCAACCAAAUUCAUUUGAUGAAGUUUUAGGAGAUGUAAGCACACUUUCUACUUGGAAAUAUGAUGACGAUGCAGUUAGGGAGGCUCUUGUUCAAAUGAUUAUAAUUGAUGAAUUAUCUUUUAGAUAUGUUGAUGGUGAGGGAUUUAGAAGAUUCAUGAGAGCUAUAUGUCCUAGGUUGAGAUUCCCUCUCGUUGGACUAUUUCAUGGGAUUGUUAUCAAAUGUUUAUUGAGGAAAGGACAAGAUUGA